AUGGAGGACGGAGGUGAUACUCCCAUGUUGGAUGGUCACAUAGAAUCGUCUCAUUUGCCUCUCUCAGAAGAUGAAGAGAAGAUUCUCGCACUCUACGAUCGAAUACAAGAACUCCGACUGGAAAUUGCUAUCAUAAAUGCCCAACAAUCGCACCAGUCAGAUGAUACUGCAACAUUCACCGACGAAGAAACACAAAAAGCACAAUCAGAACUUCUAGAGACCAGGGCACAAUAUGUUCUCAGAAACGAUGUGACGGAAGCCGUUAUGACAGCCAAUCCUAUACUCAAAGCCGUUCACAGCAAUACAGAAACAGCACCCAUCGAGCGUGAACUUCUGCCAUACAUUGAGCGCAGAGAUGAAGUAUCAGUCUUAGUCGCAACGCAGGCCUCUCAGACGAACGAGGUAUGGAAGGCGUUGACAAAGGUGCAAGGCGAUACACUGCAGAAAUCUCGACAAAAUGUCACACUGGCAGCUGAGCUAUUUGAGUUGGCGGAUCAAGCAAAACUCAAGAAGAGAGUCUCACCCAAUAAUUCGAAGAUGAUGAAAGAACAAGAGAGGCUCGAAGCCGAGGUCAAGGCCAGCAAGCAGAAAUGGCGGGUCAUGAAAGGUGUGGCCGGAGGUAUAAUAGUCGGCAGCGGCGUUGACUGGGUCCAAGACGAUGAACUGCGAGAUGUUGUACUCGAUCCUGAGACUGAUGAAUGA